AUGGCUUCUGAUGAAGAAAACGGACACGAACACUCGUACCGCUACCGCGCCCUCUACUCCCAUCCUGGUCUGCGCUACAAACUGCUCACACUCCUCGACGCCAGUUCUGGCUGGCUCGCCGUAGUAGUCAUCGGCGCAUUGACAGCAUGUAUCGCCUUCCUCGUUGACAUUGCUGUCGUGACUGUCUCGGACUGGAAAACCGGGUAUUGCUCUGGCCAUUUCUUGCGGAACAGAGAAAGUUGCUGUGUUGCUGCUGAGAAGAGCCCGUCGCCGUUUUUGACGAAAGAGAAAGGGGAAGAAUGUGCAGACUGGAAAGUCUGGAGCAAAGACUACAAGAGCAGUUUUGCAAUCUACGUGGGCAUGGCGAUGGCAUUCGGGAUCAUCAGUUCGAGCCUAACCAUGUUGACUCGGUCUACCCUCCCAUCUACCUCAUCCUCUCAGCCAACGAAGAACGCAAGCAACGGCCAUCCUACGUCUUCCACCUCUCCCUCCGCCAACCCACCCCCCACACCAACCGUCCAAGGCAAAACAAUGUACCUAGCCUCCGGCUCCGGCAUCCCCGAAAUAAAAACCAUCCUCUCCGGUUUCUCCAUCCCCUCCUUCCUCUCCCUCCCCGUGCUGAUCGUAAAAUCCCUCGGCGCAAUCUUCGCCGUAUCCUCGUCCCUCUGUCUGGGAAAAGAAGGCCCCUUUGUCCACAUCUCCACCUGCAUCGGCCACCUCGUCGGGCGUCUAAUCCCAAAAUACGCAUCCAAUGGCCGCAAGAUGCGAGAGCUGCUCAGCGCGGCAUGCUCAGCGGGACUGUCAGUAGCGUUCGGUGCGCCGAUCGGAGGCGUGCUGUUCAGCUACGAGGAGAUUAGCACGUAUUUCCCGCGGAAAGUGCUGUGGAGGGCGUUUCUGUGUAGUCUUACUGCAGCGAUGGUGUUGAAGGAACUCAAUCCAACCGGUACGGGCAAAUUGGUGCUUUUUGAAUCGCGGUUUGGGGAUGAGUACAACGCCAUCCAUUACUUCGUUUUCGUCCUCUUGGGCGUAGCGGGCGGUAUCUUCGGCGGCCUGUUUUGCAAGUUCAAUUUCCUGUGGUCGAAGUGGUUCAGGGCUUUUGGCGUUAUUAAGAGAUGGCCUGUGUUGGAGGUUGCGUUGGUGGUGCUUGCGACGGCGCUGAUUCAGUAUCCUAAUCCGUUGACAAGGCAACCGGGGGAUGUGAUUAUUAAGAAUUUGUUGGUGGAUUGUGGGGAGGAUAAGUCGAGUUUGUCUUGGGUUUGCCGGAAUGAGAGGGUUGCUAGGGAAAGGGGGACGGCGAAUUGGGAGUAUGUGGGUUGGUUGACGUAUGGGACGUUGGCGAAACUUGUUCUUACUACUAUUACGUUUGGGAUCAAGGUCCCGUCUGGCGUUAUUAUUCCAGCGCUGGAUGCCGGUGCUUUCUUUGGGAGGCUGGUUGGUCAGGCUAUUGGCUCGAUCAGUCCGGGUAUCUUCGCCAUGGUGGGUGCUGCUGCGUUUCUGGCGGGUGUAUCCCGGAUGACUAUUUCCCUCGCUGUUAUAAUGUUCGAACUCACAGGCCAGCUCUCCUACACCGUCCCGUCCAUGCUCGCCAUCCUAACCGCGAAAUGGGUCGCCGACGCAAUCUCGUCAGAAGGCGUCUACGACCUCGCUCAAUCCCUACUCUCUCACCCUUUCCUCGACCCAGACACCGCUCUCUCCAUCGUCCGCCGCCACAAAGCCUGCGUCGAGGUCCUCAUCCCCCCUCAGCGCACCAUGGCUGACAUUACCGUUCAUGUACCUACAAGCAAUAAAGUAGCUCUGACUCUGCUGAAGGAGAAGCUCGAUGCGUUGAGAGAACGGGGUCUCAUGGACGCGGGUCUUGUUCUAGUACAGAAGAAUGGUGGCGGCGUUGAAGUGUUGCAAGGGUACAUUUCGCAGUCGGAGCUUGAAUUUGGAUUGACGAAACUCGUUCCUGGUGUGCUUGUGUCGGCGCAGGAAGAGGAUGUCCAGGUCAGGUUGUUAGGCCAGGAGAUUGAUGAGCCAGCGAGUCCCAUGAGCUUGGAGAUGGAUUUGACGCCAUUUGUGGAUCGGACACCAUUGAGCAUCUGUGCGAAAGCACCUCUGGAAUAUGCUGUCGAGAUGUUCUCCAAGCUGGGGUUGAGAUACCUUAUGGUGACCAAAGAGGGCACAGGACAACUGGUGGGUGUGAUUAUCAAGAAGAGGCUCGUAGGUUACCUAGAACACCUGCGAGAACAUGGCGAAGGAGAUUAA